CAGAUGUAGAUCUCCCCUGUGCACGCUACCAGCCAGCUCGCAUGGCCUGCGCGCCUUACGUCCGUCAACUACAACCUCGUUACUGCUUCCAGUCGCGCCUGGCCAGCGCCGACCACGCCGCCCACUCAACGCGGCGCCAGUCUGCCCAACUGCUCUCCUUCCAUACUAAAAUGGCGAAUCAACAACAAUUAACGACUCGGCCACGGAUCCUCGAAGCUGUGUCUUUAACGGUAGUCAUUCUAAUAGCCGCUCGCGUCUUGGCUCUGGGUUAUUGGAUUUACAGCUUGGCUACUGAGAAGCAGCCUCAGAGAAAAAAGGAGCACUAGAUCCAGUUCAAUUUAUAGUAACAGAGAAGGGAAUCUUCAAUUCAACAGUAGUUUUGAUGGUAUAAAUAUAUACUUGGAAUCUAUAUUCUUGGCUUUUGGCAUGACUAGUGCUCUGAUUAUAUACAUCUUCAAAUCCUUGCUUGAGAUUCGAGACUUUUAUUGACGAUCCCGACUUGCAUAGAACUUUGAUGCUGCAAUUUUCUCUUGAAAUAGCUAUUGCCACUAUUGAAUCUUGAUUUGCAUGAUAAAUGUAGUCUUGAAAUUCAUGUUUUGAAACUUGUCAUGUGCCGAUAAUUUUGACAAUAAUUUUGACAUGCAUACAGGUCUGAUGUUGAACCCUUCGAGUGCCACCGUCGGCUUCUGUGCGAACCCACCACGACGCUGCUCUGUGCAUGACCACCUCAACUCACGCGGCUUGUCUGUCUCGUGCCCAACCGCAACUGACCAGUGACGACCACGCCGCCCACUCAACGUGGCGUCGGUCUGUCGAUAUGCCUUCUCGCCCACUGAAAUCCAUCACUGUUAGCCGUGACCUGCCAACGCCGACCAUACCACCGAUUCAACGUGGUGUCGGUCUGCCUAGUUGUUCCAGUGCCAACCACACACGUCGCCCUUCCAACGCGUCGUGUGUGGUCACCAACUCCGCUGCGACAUCACUGCUUCCUCUGGCUUCGGAUUGUCCGACAUUGACCACACACGUCCGCCCACUCAACGCGACGUGUGUGGUCUUGCCUAACACUGCACAGCUCGUGCCACCGCCGACCUACUGUCUUCAAUUGUGAUCUAUCCAAUGCCGACCAUGCCGCCCUCUCAACGUGGCAUCGGUCAUCGGCCCAUCCUCUUUGUGUUGCUAUUUCAGAUUGCCGAAACCCAUUCUUGAAUAUAUAUAUAUAUAUAUAUAUAUAUAUUUGUUGUUCAUGAACUUGGGCUUGCAAAAAUAUAUAUGGGAUUUGUCUCAUUUGUUGGCUUUGCUAUUUCAGGCAAAUGAAAUCUUGAUUGAAAUCCACGACCUCGGGGCCCUUGGAACCCGCACUAAUGAGAGCAAGGGCUGUUCCUCGGAAGUCCGAACAAAAGCAAGACUGUCCCUCGGGAGUCCGAAGAUAGCACACACCCUACUUUGGCAAGAAAGAUUCCUCUGGAAGAUAACCGAGUCUACCAAGCUUGCACCAACAGAAGUAAAGAUUGUCUCUCAGAAGUUCGAGCGAAAACAGGGCUGUCCCCGAGAAGUCUGAGCAGAAACGAGGCUGUCCCUCGGAAGUCUGAGUGGAUGCGCACUUCUACUUCGGCAGCUAAUAGAAGCACAGGCUAUCCCUCGGGAGUUCGAGUAAGAGUUCACUCUACUUUGAAAAGAAAGAUCCUCGGAGCUCGUAUUGAUGAAAUCAAGGGCUGUUCUUCGGAGGUCCGAGUGGAAGUAUACUUCUACUGUGUCAAGAAAACUCCCUUCAGGUUGGUAACUGAGUCUACCAUUCCUUUUUCUUCUUUGAGGGGCAACAAAAAAUUGAAAACUGUUUCAAGCAACAUAACACAAUGAAGAUAUACAAUGUAGAGAAAAUAACUUUUAAUGGAGAUACAUAAUAUGGAGGAAAUAAAUUUCUUCAUAACAUAAGAAAGAUAGAACUUCAUGGACAAUGCAGUAAAUGCAAACUGUAAAUGUCAUAGAUAGACUUCUUCUACGGAAUGUUGAAAUUUGCCCCUACACUUGCAAGAUCAUUUGGAAAGCUUUCACCAGCUGCUCGGGUUGUGGCCAUCAUGCACCAUCAUAAAUAGUACACCAUCUUGCCUCCUUCUCGAACUUUCAUCACCUUCCGAGGAAUAGGCGGACUUUCUGGUCUAGACAUUGCCCGCUUACUUGACUCUGCCAUCAGCUCCUUGUCAUCUUUGAUAUCCCCCCAACGAGGAAUUUUGACCCCUCGAGGCUUAGAGGUGGUGGGAACUUCUUCGACAGCCAGUUCGGUGAAGUAGAUGGCAUCAGAAUAAUGAGCUUCAUGGAUCUCGAACGGCCUUUCUGUAGCCUGAAUUGUCACCGUCUA